CCACCCUGACGAUCGAAAGCCACGCUUACAUUUGGCAUUCCUCUCUCUCUGCUUCUGAUUUUUGCCCUAAACCCUAAACCCCUUUAACUGUUUAAGGUUCUCUGUUUCUUGCCCUAACCCUAAUCCAUCUCCAUGGCUCGCACAAAGCAAACUGCUCGCAAAUCAACCGGUGGUAAGGCGCCAAGGAAGCAGCUAGCCACUAAGGCUGCUCGGAAAUCAGCUCCAGCAACUGGUGGCGUGAAGAAACCUCACAGGUUUAGGCCUGGUACUGUUGCCCUUAGGGAGAUCAGAAAGUAUCAGAAGAGCACCGAGCUUUUGAUCAGGAAGCUCCCUUUCCAAAGGUUGGUUCGUGAGAUUGCUCAGGAUUUUAAGACUGAUCUGAGGUUCCAGAGCAGUGCUGUCUCUGCAUUGCAAGAGGCUGCUGAGGCUUACUUGGUUGGGCUUUUUGAGGACACCAACCUCUGUGCUAUUCAUGCAAAGAGGGUCACCAUUAUGCCUAAGGAUAUUCAGCUGGCUCGCAGGAUCCGAGGCGAGAGAGCUUAAUUGUUUCUUAGCUGUGGCUAGAGUUUCUUUGUUGAUUUAGGGUUUUUUCUUUUGUAUCUAGAGUUUGAUGGCUGGAUCCAGGUUUCUGACCAUUGUAAUGGUGCUUUUUCAUGCUAUUGAUGCUCUUGUACCUCUGUUGUUGAUGCUAAGGGUUUUAGGGAGAUUGGUCCUCAGUAAGAGGGUUAUGAUCCUCUUAUAGAAGCACAGUUCUGGUUAUCUUGCCUUCACUGUAUGUACUGGUGUCAAAUCUUUCUUUAAAGAUAGUGGUUUCUGAUAAGAAAUGCAGUGUAUGAAAUGCCAUGAAAUUUUCAUUUCCAGCAUUUA